UCUUGCACAUAACAUGUAAAUAUAGAGGGAGAUAUAUGUUAAUAAAUAUUUGAAAAGGUGCACUGAGAUCUGUCGUAAAUAAUAAAAUGAAGCGUUGCUUCGUAUUUUUUAUUUUUGGUGUAAUUCUCGCGAGUUCAUACUGCAGAGUAGGGAAAUAUGUUGGCAGAAAGCCCGAAAGUUUCCCAAUUUCCCCAUUUAAUGUAUUCGAAAGUGCAAAUAACACAAACGAAACAGCUCAGUUAGGAUCAACAGCAGAACUCCAGUGUUUCAUCAAAUAUCCAACAGCAGCUUUAAAUGUAUCAUGGUGGAAGGUAAAUUCCAGUACACUUUUGACGACAAACAAUAGAACAAACACCGGCGACAAACGGUUCCAAGCGCGACUAAAAGACGAAAACACGAAUCUUUGGUUGUUGCGAAUAAAAUACACGAAACCGAGCGAUGUUGGACUAUACAAAUGCAGGGUCGAGGGAGAUUUCGAAGCGAGCAUUUUCGUUUUUUUGCAUUUGCAAAAAGCGACCGCUGUUAUACAAGGGAGUGUCCCCGAUGGGACGCGUCUGGUCGAAGUUGGGACAACUCUACGACUUAGCUGCUUUUUGGUCAACUCGAUUGAAUCACCGAAAUAUAUUUUUUGGUACAAGGAGAAUCGGAUGAUUAAUUACGAUCUGGAUGAUGGGGAGAGCAUAAGGGAAGGUCGGCAAGGCAGCGAACUGAUUUUUCCAACCGCCAAACUCAGCCAUACGGGAAAUUACUCAUGUGUUCCCUCGAACGCAGAUCAGGCUAAUUUGUAUGUAAAAGUACAAACGAAAGUGAAGCGCAAAUGUUGAGGGAAUUCCAAACAUGCCACGUUCUGUACAGUUUUUAUUAAAUAAAUAUUUUUUACAUUUACAAUGAUUAAAUACAUAAU